CUUCUGAAAGGGCCACGAUCGCACGGAAGCCCUGCCUUGAACGGCGCAAGUGUUAGCUUCCCGUCAAAACAAACCGUAAGUUGCUGGCAUAAACUAAUCAAAUGUGGAUGAGCACUUUUAUAACAUGACGCAUUUUCUGUCGCAUACGACAGGUUCGGGCUCAGACGGUUAAGUACUUGCAUAUUACAAAAAAAAGAAAAGAGAAUUCAAUACAAUUGGCAUACUGUUUACUGCAAUUUUAGGUUUAGGUUUACAGGGUCAAAAAGUAGCGUUUCAAUUUGGGAUUCCUUCCUCAAAAGUCCCCCUUUUUCAUUUUUGUUCUCCAAUCAAAAGAAGUUGGGCAAACAAAAUGUCCUCGUGGCAGCAGGACUCUGAGUUGUCCGAGGAGCACCUGAAGGCAGCACGGGGAGGCGUUUCCAUCCUCUGCGUCUAUCAUCCUCCUCCUCCUCCUCCUCUUCCUCGUAUUUCUCGCCGCAUCUCCCUCCACCACCUGCCACAGCAGCGACGCAGAGAGAGAGGGAAAGGCAGGGUGAGAGAGGAGAGAGAGGAGAGAGAGAGAGAGAGAGAGAGAGAGAGAGAGAGAUACUGUAAAUAGAGAGAGAGAGGGGGAGACGGAAACAGAAACAUAUGGUUUGUCUGAAGAGCGGCUGUUUCUGAGGACCGGAGCUGAAACUUAUUCCACCAACUAAUUUCGUUCGUCUUUUUUUGAUUCUAUUUUUUUUAAUUGGACACUUCUUCACCUCCUCUCCGUGUGCUCCCACCUGCGACGGGCUGUGCUCUGUGCCCUUGUUCGAGUUAGUGCGCGCUGGAUUGCGGUUAUUGGAGGCUACAGUCUAGCGUCCCUGAACGCACACACACGCACACGCGCGCGCGCACACAGACCACCACAAGACGCGGUGCAGCCUACAGAAGCCCUCUCGCGAGCAGGAUAUUGUAUUAGACAAGUUAUUCCCACGGAACGGGAAAGACAAGAGGGGCCGGACUGUCGGGCUCUCCUUUUGCCUGCACGGCUCACCGUGUGUCCUCCGGGCCCACCAGGAGGCUCUUGAACCACCACCCCCUCCCCUCUCUUGUCCUCCCUGCCUCCCCCCCCCCCUCCCCCCUCUCGGCUGCCACCUUCCCCCGGUAACGAGCCAUGUCCGGACACACCGUGACCAUCCCGGACGACCGGGCGUUCGCCAGCUUCAAGGCCGAGUGUCUCUGCGAGGAGCGCUGGAGUAUGAGCUACAGCAAGGGGGGCAUCACGGUGUGGACCCAGGGUCUGGAGGAAGGGAAGCCCGUCCACAGAAUUAAGUGUCGGAUGGUGUGCAAGGAGGUGUCAGCUGAGACCAUGUACGAUGUUCUCCAUGACAUCGAAUACAGAAGAAAAUGGGACACAAACGUUGUCGAGACUUUCGACAUCGGGAAACUCACGGUCAAUGCGGACGUUGGUUACUACUCAUGGAAGUGUCCAAAACCUGUUCGUAACCGCGAUGUAAUCACGCUUCGCUCCUGGUUGCCAAUUGGGAAAGAUUAUAUCAUCAUGAAUUACUCAGUCAAACAUGUCAAAUACCCUCCUAAAAAAGACAUGGUGCGAGCUGUGUCCAUUCAGACCGGCUACAUGAUCCAGAGCCAGGGACCCAACCACUGUACCCUCACGUACAUGGCCCACGUAGACCCACGAGGUUCAUUACCCAAGUGGGUUGUCAACAGGUCUUCUCACUACCUUGCUCCUCGCGCAAUGAAGAAGAUCAACAAAGCCUGUUUAAAGUAUUCAGAGUGGAAGCAGAAACACAACCCUGGCUUCAAGCCCUGGCUCUACCCCGAACAGACAACAUUACCCAGCAUCCCACUCUCUGAGCUCAGCAUCCAGCGUGCCGAGAGCCUGGAGAAUAUUGAUGAGAGCUCUCUGGCUGAGACACAGGAGAGAGAAGACAGCGACUAACACGCACACACACACACACACACACACACAAACACACAAACACACAAACACACACACACACACACACACACACACACACACACACAAAAUCAAACAUGCACCUUGCAACGUAACAUAGCCACAAAUGAAGAUGUGGUUGUGUGUGCACGUAUGCAUGCACAAACAUUGUUGAUUCCAUACUGUACAUACAUUAUAUGUAAGCGCUCAUGCAAACAAACCAACUCAUACUUCCCCAACUUCAUCCCAUACUUGCAUUCAUAAUAUAUGAAUACUCACAUAUGCAAUCAUGCAUCAUAGAUGCACUCACAGAUACACACACGCCAACUCACAAGGGGCUGGAAGACUGCUCAUGUUGGUAUACUAAUAUUUAACAUAGUAAAAAAGUGGCUGAAUAUGGGAUUUCUUAUGCCUAUCAAUAAUUUUCUAAUCAGGACCUAUGCACGAUGAUCAUAAAAAAAUAUAUAUUUUCAUUUAGAUUCAGUGUUAAAACAUCCUGUUCAAAAUAUGAACAAUGGAUUUCAAAGUUAUACUUUCUUCCUUGGGAAACACUGGUGCAACCCCUAAUGGUGAUGCAUACAGUAGGAACAUACCGAAUAGACACAUGGACAUACACACUGUUCAUUCGUACCACAUUUAGACACUCAGACAUACACAAAAGAUUUGUAAGUUUCUGCCCAUGUUGUCUCUGUCACUCAUUAUGUGUCUCCAUCAUAUUUUGUAAGCACAUAAUGAAUAUGCAGGUGUGAAGAAGGCAGCUGGAACACCAAAACCAACCUGCAACACCCCACAACACACAAAUACACACACUAACACACACACACAAAGACAAAUAUACAGAUCUUACACUCACACGUACUGUCUGCUCCUCUAUUUGAGAGAUGUAUGAAUGUAUGUAGAAAUAAAAAAUUAAAAAAUAUGGAUUCCUACUAAAGUUUUCAAAUUUCA